AUGCGAACUGAUGCAAAAACCCAUGAAAUCAUUGUAGACUUGACUGAUAAUUUGAUUGUAUCAGAUAAAGUGUACAAUGGAAGUGGCUACCCUCUGCUCACACUCGAGGAGCAAACAGCUGCUAAUGAACUACCACUGACAUAUGCACCAUUUAUAGCCUCGGUCAAGAAAAGAGGACUGAAUGUAAGUGAAGUGAUAUGUUCGAGUUUUACUAUUGGUUGGUAUGGAGAGAAAAGGACUAAAAGAGUUCUUAAAGUUAUGUGCUAUUAUAUAGAUGGAGCAGUUAAUUUCUACAUGAGACCUAUAGAGGGAAUUACAGCUACCGUUGAUCUUGAUGAGAUGAAGAUCACGGGGUAUCAUGACCGUUUGAUGGUUCCUGUACCGAAAGCUGAUGGCACGGAUUAUAGAGAAUCAAUGCAAAAUCCCCCAUACGAUACAGGUUUAAAGGGCAUGACAGUAUUCCAACCAGAUGGACCAAGCUUCACCAUAGAUGGACAUACUGUGAGGUGGGCUAAUUGGGAGUUCCAUCUAGCAUUUGACAUGCGAGCUGGUCCAGUAAUAUCGUUAGCAUCAAUCUAUGAUCCCGAGAAGGAUGAACAUCGUAGCGUGAUGUACAGAGCAUAUUUAUCAGAACUCUUUGUGCCAUACAUGGACCUAACCGAAGAAUGGUACUAUACGACAUUUCUUGAUGCUGGCGAAUUCGGAAUUGGUCUUUGUGCAAAUCCCCUCAAACCAUUGAGAGAUUGCCCAGAAAAUGCUGUGUUUAUGGAUGGUUACUUCACCAUGCAGGAUGGAAAACCAGAAAAAAUAUCCAAUGUGUUCUGCCUAUUCGAGCGCUAUGCCGGAGAUAUAUUGUGGCGCCACACUGAACCGGCACUUCCUGGGGACACGAUAACAGAGGUCAGACAAGAAACAAGUCUUGUUGUAAGGAUGGUAUCCACUGUGGCCAACUAUGACUACAUAAUUGACUGGGAAUUCAAGCAAACUGGAACCAUUAAAGUCACCAUUGGACUGUCAGGAUUGCUUGCAAUUAAAGGAUCAGUAUACACACACAAAGACCAGAUCAAUGAGGAAUUAUACGCUCAAUUGCUAGCGGAAAACACUCUCGGUGUGCACCAUGAUCAUUUCCUCAGUUUCCACCUUGAUCUUGACGUGGACGGUGAUGCCAAUUCCUUCAUCAAAACUAAUCUGAAACCGGUGCGUGUGAACAAGAAAGAUGUGCCAAGAAAGAGUUAUUGGAGGCCUGUUAAUGACAUGGCUAAAACUGAGUCUGAAGCAAAGAUUAAACUUGGAUUGGGUGCAUCCGAGUUUGUUGUUGUGAACCCCAAUAAGAAGACUAAAGUUGGGAACUAUAUUGGCUACCGUUUGAUCCCGGAAUCAGUGUCAAGUCCUCUUCUGUCUGAUGAUGAUUUUGAGCAAAUUCGUGGGGGGUUUACCAAGUAUAAUUUGUGGGUUACCCCAUAUAAUAAGUCUGAGAAAUGGGCAGGAGGACUCCUUGUUGAUCAAGGCCAUGGGGAUGAUACUUUAGCUAAAUGGACUCUCAGGAACAGGGGAAUUGAGAACAAGGAUAUUGUGCUAUGGUACACAUUAGGGUUUCAUCACGUGCCUCACCAAGAAGAUUUUCCGGUUAUGCCAACAUUGAGCAGUGGUUUUGAGCUUCGGCCAACUAAUUUCUUUGAGCGAAAUCCUGUGCUCAAAGUGAAAGUACCAAAACAAGUGAAAUGGCCUAAUUGUACCAAAUGA